AUGAACGCGCUUUGGGUCUAUGGAACGCUCUCCGUGAAGCGUUCAUGCUUCCGUGAACUCUUGCAGUCAACUCAAAUGCAUUUCAACCAAGUGCAGCAGUUCGCGCAUCAACCACCGUCUAAACCUCCGGGUUUCAUCGGAAAGCUCGUCGACAACAUCAAACAAGAAUACACAAAAAGCAGAGAGAUGAAAGAAAGCCUGAGGAAAUUUCGUGAGGAUGCCGCCAAAUUAGAGCAGAGUGAGGCUCUCCAGAAGGCAAGGAAAAAGUUUCAAACUAUCGAAGCUGAAACAAACAAGGGAUCUCAGGUCCUGAGGAAAGGACUGUCAUCAGUUACAGAAAAACUUGGUGAAACCUUUGAAGGAGUUCAGAAGUCUGAGUUGGGGAAGAAGUUCACUGAAGAGCUUGGAAAAACUGCUAAGACGGCCGCCGACAGUGUUUCUGGUGCCGGAGAACAACUUUCGAAGUCGAGCACGUUUCGAACAAUCUCCCAAGGAGUGAAAGCAGUAAAGGAUGAAGUGGAAUCUAGUGCUUUUGCUCGCGCUAGAAUGUAUCAGAAACCUGAGCAGUUGCGGAAACGUGAAGAGGCUGGUGACGACACCAGGGUUUUCGAGCCGAACACAGAAGCGAUGGGCGUGGAAUUGCACAAAGACUCACGAUGGUACCAAAGCUGGGAGAACUUGAAGAAUAACAAUCCCAUGUACAACAAGGUCUUGGACUGGAAAGUUCGUUACGAUGAAAGCAACAAUCCCCUGGUUCGUGCCUCUCGGUUGCUAACGGACAAAGUGACUGACAUCAUGGGAAACGUGUUCCAAAAGACCGAUUUGUCGCAAACUUUGACUGAAAUUUGCAAGAUGGACCCUUCGUUUGACAAGGAAGAAUUCCUCAAGCAGUGCGAGUUCGAAAUCAUCCCGAACAUCCUAGAAGCCAUCAUCCAAGGGGAGUUGGACAUUUUGCGGGACUGGUGCUACGAAGCCCCGUUCAACGUGAUUUCCACACCCCUGAAAGAAGCUAAAAAGCUCGGCUGCACGUUCCAUUCCAAAAUUUUGGACAUCAGCCACGUUGACCUGGUGAUGGGCAAAUUGAUGGAACAAGGUCCGGUCCUAGUGAUCAGCUUUCAGAGUCAACAAAUCAUGUGUCUCCGAGACGCUGUCGGGAAUGUUGUGGAAGGGGAUUUAGACAAAGUGCUUCGUGUCAACUAUGUGUGGGUGCUUUGUCGUGACCAGACCGUCUUGAACCCGAAAGCUGCGUGGAAACUUUUAGACUUGUCGGCGCACAGUACCCAGCAACUAUUGCAUGUUAGAAAGGUGUAUGAGAUAAUGACCAGUGUAGCUUCACUCAGACCCACUUCCUUGUUAGAUAAUGUCUUCCCGGACGCUUCAACGUUGCUGUGUUUUAUGGCUUAUGUCGGUUUCUUUGUCCUCCAUGGUCUCUUGGUGACAGCAUCACGGAAGGGUGGAACAAACUAUCAAUAUGAUCCUACCAUUGUAGUUCUUCUCACGGAGUCUUUGAAACUCUUGUCUUCUUUCGUAUUAUUUGCUGCGGAGACAUCUUCUGUGAAUAAUAUCUGCUCCGAGCUCUGGAAGGCUCGUCGGGUGUACUUUCAUUACGUGAUUCCUGCUGCUUUGUACUGUCUCUACAACAACCUGUCCUUCGUGAAUUUGGCGAACUUUGACCCCACGACUUACCUGCUGCUUUUGCAAUUUCGGAUCGUGGUCAUUGGUGUGACAUUCCAGGUCCUGUGUUCAAGCAUAGCCGGUGUGUACAACGAAUUCCUCUUGAAGGACGCCUCUUCCGAGGCGUCCCUGAUGAUCCAAAACAUCUUCAUGUACUUCAACUCCAUCCUCUGUAACCUUCUCCUGCUGGGCUUCAACGGCGGCCUGGACAGCAUUCUAGCGACAUCUAGGUGGACAGCAGUGAUUGACGAGCCCGUCGUGACGUGCAUUGUGGUCAACGGUGCCGCCAUGGGACUCGUCACCAGUUUCUUCCUCAAGAACCUCAACUCUAUCCUCAAAGUGCACGCCAGUGGCGUCGAGCUGUCCCUCCUGGCCCUGUUUUCGUAUUUCUUGUUUGGGAUCCCGAUCGACGCCUACACCGUGUUGGCCAUUGCGUUGAUUUCUCUUUCUUCGUACUUGUACGCCAAGUACCCUGUGCAGAACAAGGCGACGUAUUCUAGUCUUUGCUGACGAAAAAGGAGGCAUUUUUUUUGUUGUUGUUGGUGUGACGAGGAGAAUCGGGAACUGCUUUCGAAGAGCUUGAACAAGAGCAUUUUCAAUUUCGUUUUGUGUUGUGACUGCUAGCGUAGCGCUGGUAUUUCAGCUGUGUUUGUUUGAUACCUUUUUGUUGACUAGGAGAAUUAUUGGACAAGUCUGUUUUUUUUUUUUUUUCAGCUUCGUGGAAUUGACAGAAGCAGCAUUUCAGGAACAAGAGACAAUGUCAGUUCUUUUUUAUGCAGGACUAAAUCUGCUGAAUUGUGUCAGAUUCAGCAGAAAAUACUGUCGCGAUUCAAACUGGUUUUCAGAAAAAGAGAGAAAGGAAGGUUUUUUUUCUGUUGUACCUCAAAGUGUUGUAAGACUGAUUUUUAUUUUGCCUGCGUGGGUGUGGCACACUUAUGUUAUUUUUUUGCUUUUUCCUGAGAUUUACAGUAUUUACACAAAUAUAGAGGCUGUGUCAGCAUGAAAGGUCUCAUCCUGUUCCAGUCUAAAUUUUCUAGUGGAUAAGCAUGUAUAGAUGCUUGUAUGUUUGACUGUAGUUCAAAUAUAGGCUGAAUCCCAGUUUUUGAGUCAAUCUUUGUUUUUUUUUUCAAGAAUGUUUGCAUUUCUUCAGAUGAAUUUGAAGAUUCUGCUUGGGUUGGCUUUGGUUGGAGUCAACACCUACUUGGUAUUCAAGAAGUUGUAAUUCUUGAAAGAUGGAUUAUUCCUGCCUUUUUUAGUUAUGGGAAGAUUUUGCAGAGUAUUGCUAAAGCUAAAAAUAAAUGUAGCUUAAAGGAAUUUCCCUAGUCAGAUGUUGCACAGUUGAUUCAAGCUAUGCCAAGGGUAAUUUGCAUUGGUGUGUAAUCAUCCCCCAUUUGCCAUAUUUUCUGGAAUACUUGAAGUGAAUGUUAGUGGUUGUACAGUAUUUUUUUCUGACAUCAUGGUUAUGCUGAUGAUGGCAUGAGUGACACUUUUUUUCAGUGAUGUAGGGCAAUGUUGUAUAAAAGCUUAAAACUGCAACAUUAAAAAAAUAUAUGUCAUUGAAUAGAUGGAGUUGAUUCAAGUUUGAAAAUUAGGAAUGUACUCAUCAGCAUUGAACAAUUUACUUUGUGGAGUUUUCUGCUAACAUUUUGUCUAACCCUAUGCAUGCAUGAUUUUGUUGAACUUAUGCAAUGCCUCAUUUAUGAUUGCUGAGCUUUUUGUAUUUAAUUCUAUAAGCAGCCACAAGCGGGGUCAGUACAACUUUUUGAUGAAUGAAUGAAUGGUCUAGUCAAUUUUGAUAUGUAGUUGAUGAAGUUGUUCCAAUUUCUGUUAUUGAAAAUUCUUUUUAUAACCUGUAUGAUUUGAAAUUUGAGUUGGGAAAUGCACAAUAAUUUGCCAUGAA